AUGUCUGCAUUUCUUACCACUGUAUCAAAGCGAUCUAUGCCUGCUAUCCGUUCUCUUCAGCGAGCAUCAUUAUCCACUCUUUCACAAUCAGAGCGCACAUCCCUUUUGCAACCCCUCUUAUCCUCAGGAUGGGCAAUGACCGAAGGACGUGACGCGAUCCACAAGAAAUACGAGUUUAAGGACUUUAAUCAAGCAUUUGGCUUUAUGACCCGCGUAGCUAUCAAAGCUGACAAGAUGGAUCAUCAUCCAGAAUGGUUCAAUGUGUACAAUCGCGUCGAGGUCACCUUAUCAACACACGACUGCCAGGGCCUUUCUACACGUGAUAUUGAGCUAGCCAAGUUUUGCGACAACGUCAAGCAAUAA